ACUGGUGGCGCCACGAUCGCAAAAAGGGUAUGUGAACUAUUCUCAGCUCGGUGCUAUAUAAAAGCGGUAAAUAUCGUAGCGAUCCAGAUGAGCACCAGAGCCGAAUUAGGUAGGUGAGGAACAAGGAGUAGUAAAAGAAACCAUCAACAGCGGUUUCGUCGGUUUGUUAUUGCGAAACGCAGCUGUACACUAAGUGUCAUUAGUGAAAAUUUUCAAGCAUUACGAACAGCACCACGAAAAUCACUUUGCUGGAUCAAGGAAAAUUGGUCAAGUCUGAGCAUUAAAAAUGGGGGAAAAUGCCAAGAUAAUGUCUUUAAUUACGUUGGUUCUAAUUUGUUUACACGGUGUAACACAGGUAUGCGCAAGACCACCAAAAGGUCAAAGCAAAAUGCUCAAUAACAUCAAGAAAGAAGAAAAUUGGGAAGGGAUGUGGUUCGACGAAUUCCGGGAAGAUUGGAGUUGGAUGCCCAUUAGUUAUUUAAGGAAUACAAACAGCAGAGUCGACACAUUGUUUAGAUUGAAAUUGGUCUCUCCGUUGAUGGGUUGCGCCUACGGUGUGGAUUUGAAUUAUUAUCACUUACUGACGCUUGUUGCAAUUGACGAAUGUAACGAAAUGCAAAAAAAUCAAGCUUAUGCACUCGCUGAAGAUUGUAAAAGCAAACUUGAAGACAGUAUCGAAAACGGUAAGAUUGUUAUACUCAAACUGAUGCACUCAUUGAUGCUCAUCGACAUUGAAAUCGGUAACGAUGUCGUUAACGAUCGAUUUUACCAAGUUUUGUUCCCGCUCAAAGAUUUUCUCGAAGAAAAUCCAACCGUCAUAGAAUUUAAUGGUAUUUUACCCGGAGGCUUAAAUAUCUACACAUUGUUUCAUAAAGUUGCUGAGACCUUAAGAGAAUUUUUGAUUCAUUCAUGUAAACCAACGUUUACCUUAUUCAGUAUAGAUACAAUAAAUCGUGACUACAAUAGUGAAUAUUACCCGAAUGGCAUCUACGAUUACUACUUGCAAGUAUUAAACUCAUACAUGAUAUACAUCGAGAAUCAUUUGACUGAACUUGGCUUUUACGAUAAGAACACGGCUAACAUGUCCUAUCCUAAAUGGCAAACAACCAGUUAAUUUAUUCCAACAGAAUUAUGUCGGAAUCGUGUAAUAAUGUCCAAUGAAUUAAAUAUUUUUAAUAAUUUCAAUUUAUUUUUUCUUUAUAUAAAUAGUAACUAGCUUAUGGUUUUUAAUGUUAAUUUGUUAUGAGUUAUUUAAAAAAAAAAUUUUUGGAUCAAUUGAUUUCACUGAUUUACUAAGUUUAAUAAAUGUCAAAACUUCGUUUUA